AUGGCCAUCCAACCGCAAGAACUCGCCAUCCCCAUCAUCGACCUCGAACCAGUCCGCUCGGGCACUCCCGAGGAGGCUCGCGCCACGGGGAAACUGGUCUACCAGGCGUUUCGAGACGUGGGAUUUGCCUAUAUCAAGAACCACGGGGUUCCCCAGGAACUGGUGGAUCAGGCUUUUGACUGGAGCUCCAAAUUCUUCGCCCUCUCACAGGCCGACAAGGACAAGGCACCGCACCCGCCUUACGGCUGGUGGCACCGGGGCUACUCGGGGGUCGGGCGGGAAAAGGUGGUGCAGAUGGUCUUCGACCAGGACUCGAUCGACCAGCUGCGCAAGUGCCCGGACUUCAAGGAGUCGUUCGAGCUGGGCCGCGAGGACGACGAGCGCACGCCCAACAUCUGGUUUCCCGACGAGGUGCUGCCCGGCUUCCGGGCCUUCAUGACCGGCUACUUCGACACGUGCUACGGCACGGCGCUGAGCCUCCUCCGCGCCAUCGCCCUGGGCAUGGACCUCCCCGAGGACUUUUUCGAAGGGUACCACACCAAGCGGGACAACCAGCUGCGGCUGCUGCACUACCCGCCCGUCGAGGCGGCGCUGCUGCGCGACGGGGCCAUGGAGCGCAUCGCCGCGCACUCGGACUUUGGGACCAUGACGCUGCUGUUCCAGGACGAGGUCGGCGGGCUGGAGGUCGAGGAUGUGCACGUCAAGGGGCAGUUCAACCCGGCGCCGUACAUCCCGGGAACCGUCGUCGUCAACAUCGGCGACUUCCUCCAACGCUGGAGCAACGACACCCUCAAGUCGACGCUACACCGCGUGCGCGCCCCGCCCAUGGCCCGCGACGGCCUCACCCGCGCCCGCUACUCGAUCCCGUACUUCGUCACCGCCGACCGCGACCGCACCAUCGACUGCAUCCCCGGCUGCUACGGCGACGACAGGCCCAAGAAGUACGACCCCAUCAACGCCCGCGAGUACAUUGAGAUGCGGCUGAACGCGACCUACUGA